GAGCCCAGGGAGGUGAAGUGGCCGCGUUGGGAGACCCUGCGCCUUUCGGGUGUGAUCCUGAGGGUGGCCUGUCCUUGUGUGGAGCUAUAGUUCCCUCCAUCUGCCCUUCACAUGAGACAAGUCUCGCUAGGUCGCUUGCUCCGUUGCGCAGGUUAACCGUGAACGUGUUAUCCUGCCUUGGCCUCCCAGAGUGCUGGGAUUACAGGGCAGCGACAAUGGUGCCCUGCCAGGUGCCCAGGUGGUCCACGUGGAUCUUCCGGGCCUCUCCACAGUGGCAGAGGACAGCCUGUGCUCUUGGGGCCUCCAUGGGACAGCAGAGGUGGCUGAGUUUACCCUGGCGAGUGUCUGGCCCUCUUGCCUUCAGAGGCUGCUCCUCCACAGCCCUUGGUGUCCCCAGGGUGAUGCCCACCUCUGAGCGCUACCCUGUGCAGCGGCUGCCCUUCUCCGUAGUGUCUGAAGAGGACCUUGCCGCCUUUGAACGCAUCAUCCCAGGCAGGGUCAUCACAGACCCGGAGGAGCUGGAGGUCGCCAAUGUGGACUGGCUGAGGACAAUCAGGGGCUGUAGCAAGGUGAUGCUGAGGCCUCGGACCACAGAGGAGGUGUCCCGCAUCCUCAGGCACUGUCACCAGAGGAACCUGGCUGUGAACCCGCAGGGAGGGAACACAGGCAUGGUGGGGGGUAGUGUCCCUGUCUUUGAUGAGAUCAUCCUAUCUACUGCCCUCAUGAACCAGGUCAUCAGCUUCCAUGAUGUGUCCGGAAUACUGGUCUGCCAGGCGGGCUGUGUGCUGGAGGAGCUGAACCGCUAUGUGCAGGAGCGAGGCUUCAUCAUGCCACUGGACUUGGGAGCCAAGGGCAGCUGCCACAUUGGGGGCAAUGUAGCGACCAAUGCGGGCGGUCUGCGGUUCUUGCGCUAUGGCUCACUGCGUGGGACUGUCCUGGGCCUGGAAGUGGUCCUGGCUAAUGGCACUGUACUGGAUUGCCUGACCUCCCUAAGGAAGGACAACACGGGCUAUGACCUGAAGCAGCUGUUCAUUGGUUCUGAGGGCACCCUGGGGGUCAUCACGGCUGUGUCCAUCUUGUGCCCACCUAUGCCCAAAGCUGUGAAUGUAGCCUUCCUCGGCUGCCCGGGUUUUGCUGAAGUUUUGCAAGCCUUCAGCACCUGCAAGGGGAUGCUGGGCGAGAUCCUGUCUGCGUUCGAGUUCAUGGAUGCUGAGUGCAUGCAGUUGGUUGGGCAGCACCUCCACCUGGCCAGGCCUGUGCAAGAGAGUCCUUUCUACAUCCUGGUUGAGACUUCGGGCUCCAGCGCAGAACACGAUUCAGCGAAGCUGGAUGGCUUCCUGGAACAGGCACUGGGAUCCGGCCUCGUGACUGACGGCACUGUGGGCACUGACCACAGCAAAAUUCAGUCGCUGUGGGCCCUGAGGGAGAGGAUCACAGAGGCACUGAGUCAUGAUGGCUAUGUGUUCAAGUACGACAUCUCCCUCCCUGUGGAGCGGUUCUAUGACCUUGUGAUGGACCUGCGCGGCCGCCUCGGCCUGCGUGCCAAGCACGUGGUGGGCUAUGGCCACCUGGGGGAUGGCAACUUGCACCUGAAUGUGACAGCAGAGGCCUUCAGUGCAGCUCUGCUGGAUGCCCUGGAGCCCUAUGUGUACACCUGGACAGCUGCACAGCGAGGCAGCGUGAGUGCUGAGCAUGGACUGGGCUUCAAGAAGAAGGAUGUCCUGGGCUACAGUAAGCCGCCCACUGCCGUGCAACUCAUGUGGCAGCUCAAGGCUCUGCUGGACCCCCAGGGCAUCUUGAACCCCUAUAAGAUGCUGCCUGCCCGUGCCUGACCAGCUUCUGCCAGAUCUGUGGGGCAAGGAGAUAGGUCCUGGCAGGACCUGUGGGUGGUCCUGCUGAUGUGGGCAAGCAGAGCCCCUGCCACAGCUGCCUGUCCUCAGUGCUUCCUGCCGGCUUGUUCUGGGUAGCCGGGUUAGCACCCGCUGCCCACUGUGAUGUGGUGAGUGCCAGAGACUGUGGGCAGAGCUGAGACACCCCAGAGGCCCAGCCUCAAAUUGGUGACAAUGACCUGGAGUAGUGGGGUGCUGCUCCCUGGGCACUAGUGGAACCUGGCUGGCAGGCUGAGGUGAGUGGGUGACCAUGAUUGCAUCUGAGCCCUAGUGAUAGGUGUGUAUGUCUUCCCUCUUCUGGAAACCCUGCCCAGCAGGAUGUUGGUCAGGCUGGUGGCCUGUUGUGAUUGCUGAGUUCUUCAGCAGGGGAUGGACACAACCCCCCUGCAGCCAUGGCCUGAGAGCCUCACUGGUGUACCCAAUUGCCUUGUACCCUGCCAUUGGGCAGGUGGUACAUGCGUUUAUUAUGAAUUUCUAAUAAAGGUGACUCAGUCAUAGCCCUCUCCA